AUGGCACCGUCAUUUCUUCGAGAAAACCGAUUCUUUCGGCACUUCACCCCUCGGUUGGCACUCUCGGUGGCUCUGAUUGCCUUAUCUACCUUCAACUAUGGUUUUGAUAACCAGGGGAUUGCUACAAGUCAAGCAAUGCUUGCAUAUAAAAAGCAAUUCGGAGACUACAACCCAAAGACCAACACCUAUGCCAUACCCACAUACUACCUGUCUCUUUUGAACAGUCUCAACUUCAUCGGGUUCGCUGCUGGUCUCUACAUCGGUAGCAUCAUUAGUGCUCGCUAUGGCCGUAGAAUGUCCAUGUUCUGCAUGUCUCUCUGGGCUAUGAUGUCUGCGACGGUGCUCAUCUCAGCCACAACUAGAGGACAAGUCCUCGCAGGUCGUAUCCUCAACUAUACAUAUAUAGGCAUGGAGCUAUCUACAUGUCCUCCAUUCCAGGCCGAGAUCGUCCCAGCCCCCAUUCGGGGUUUCGCAGUUGGAACGUAUCAAACUAGCCUGUUACUAGGUGGCGUCAUUAUAAACAGCGUCUGCCGCGGCACCAGUGGGCUUUCAAGCAAUGCAGCAUGGAGAAUUCCAAUGGGCCUUUUCUACCUUGUUCCGCUGACAGUUGCAUCAUGUGUCUGGUUCAUACCGGAGUCCCCUCGGUGGCUAUUACUUCAGGAUAGGGAGGAAGAAGCUCUCCUGUCUUUGCAAACACUCCGCGGCUCCGAUCCUUCUUACAAUGCCCUUGAAGAUCUCGAGUUACUUCGAUUGUCUCUCGUAGAAGAGCACAAUAAAGGAAAGUAUUCGGAUCUAUUUCGAGGUACCAACCGGAGGCGUACACUUGUUGCUAUGGGCAUGAACUUUUUCAUCCAAGCCACAGGAUCGCCAUUCACUGCCGCAUACGGGACACUCUUUGUCCAAUCCAUCGGCUCGAUUAAUCCGUUCAACUAUUCCAUCAUGAGCUCGUGCAUCAACUUCUUCUGCUGUCUGGUUGGAAUCUCAAUCACAGAUAAGGUAGGUCGCCGUCCAAUCCUCAUGACUGGCUCGGUCCUUCAGGUGAUCUGGCUAUUCACCAUGGGCGGCAUCGGAACGGCGGCAAACCCCACGCUUGUUCAAAAGCAGGUGAUAGUAGCAGCGACAGCACUAUCAUCAGCCAGUUUGUGCUUCAGCUGGGAUCCCAUGAACUACAUCGUGACGACGGAACUUCCGGCAUCACGAUUGCGUGAUAAGACCCAGAGGGUUGCUUCCAUUGUUAACAUCUUAACCAACUUUCUCUUUUCAUUCUUUACCCCUUAUUUGCUCAACGCCCCAUACGCAAAUUUGCAGUCCAAGGUUGGCUUCAUAUUCGGAGCGCUAGCAAUAUGCUCAUUCUUCUUUGCGUAUUUCUGUGUUCCGGAGAUGAAAGGACGCAGUUUAGAGGAAAUUAAUGAAAUGUUUGACAAAGAAAUACCGACUAGACGGUUUGGUAGCUAUGAGUUGGAACACAAGGUUAGCGGCAAGGCGGAGGUAAUUGAGAUGGAGAAGGUGCCUGCCGAUAGAUUCGGAGGUAUACCCGAGAUAUAG